AGAAAGCAUCGCACCAAGCCCUCAAAACGUUCAAACUGCGCAACGAACUUAUGGAUUUUAUAUGGAGCUCGCGGGUGUAGUGUUGUGUGUGUGAUCAGUGUCAGUGGAUGCAGUCUUCCCGCUACAUCAACAGGAAGUUACCCUCGUCGAUGAAAUGUUAUCAGGUUGGACAAGGUGCCCAGCAUCUCAGCAUGUGAUGGUCGAAGCGAUCCAGCGAUGCCGUCUCCUAUCCUCGGCGACACGUCGCUAGACGAAGGGGACAGUUGUGCCGAGAACAGGAAGAAGAGGAAAAGGAAAAGAGAAGAAGACGACACCAUGAGUCCCGAGGACGAAACCACCGCAUCUCCACCUGCGGGAAUCAUCGCGGGCAGAGACGAGGAGGAGAGGAGAAUGUCGUCACCGCCUUCGGGUAGCAAGUUUGUCCACGAUCAGAUCCCUGGGACGACGAGGUUAUCGGAAGACUGUCAGGACCGAACAUUAGUCCGAGACGAGGCCAUGGUGUCCGAGGAGAGCUCGGAGAAGGCGAGGACUAAAGAUGCCUACGCCGAAGACUCUUGGGGAACCAGUGAUGUCGAGAAGUUCGACGGCAAGAUUGUUUACAACCCGGACGGCUCGGCCUAUAUAAUCGAGGACAGCGAGCUGAGUGAAGACGACAGCGAACUUCCCCAACUGAUCGGUGACGGUUGCAUCGUCGACGGCAGAGGAGUCAACCCCUCGCAGUUUCAAGUGUUCCCUCAGAUCGCCAACGCCUUUUACAUCUCAAGAAACCCCUCGUUGUACAACGCUCUGUAUGGCAACUCCGCGCCGUACUCCAACAAGCUGCUACAGGACAAGAAGGCGGUUCCGGAGGUUCCCAUCAUGCACAGCUACAGGGUAUACACGGUCCGGGGGAACAAGGGCUUUGACGGGGACAAACCCGAAGGCUCUGAAACCAAAAAGCCAGGUCAAGACUGUUCUUCUGUGCCGGUCAAACCUAUCCUGAUGUGUUUUAUUUGCAAACUGUCUUUCGGUUACACUAAGUCUUUCGUCGCGCACGCGAUGGGAGACCAUAAUUUAGUUUUACGAGAGGAUGAAAAGGACAUUUUGGGACAUAAAAAUAUGUCGGCCAUCAUCCAGUGUGUGGGGAAAGAGAAGGAGCCUCUCGUGUCUUUCUUGGAGCCAGUGUCGCCAUUGUUGGGGUUCGGGGGUGACAAACAUCUAGAGUCCUCGAUGUCCCUGACCGCUACCUCGUCGUCGACGGCGUACAGCGAGGUCCAAUCAUCGGCUCCCGGCCCCGGCGAGGUCGGUCCAUCGGAGUGUGGUGAAGAUAAAACGUGUGUGGACGGUAUCGAACGAGCCGUCCUCAGUCAACAAGUUCCUGAGACUUCGGUCUCCCUACCUCAAAACGGUAGUUCUAGUAGUAAUAAUUUUAAUAGAUCGAUGAGUGCUAUGAACUGUGUUAUGGACUUGACUCGCAAGAGUCCAGUGUCCGCUUCGGCGGUUUCUUCCGGCAACAACGGUAGAAGCAGCGUAUCCCCGGGGGCGAGUCCCUCACCGGGCUCCACCCUCAGCCCACUACUAUCCCAGUCCAUCGGCUACCCGCAACCACCGCCCAACUUCCUCACGGGUACGACGAUAGGCGUGUGUCCCGACCACAUGGGCGGCAGACCUAGCGGGGUCGAAUGUGCCAAGUGCGAGCUCAUUCUAAGUUCCUCGAGGCUCGGGGGUAUCGGUGGCCCCUUGGCCGGAAUGCAUUCUCGCAACUCUUGUAAAACCUUGAAAUGUCCAAAGUGUAAUUGGCAUUACAAAUACCAAGAAACGUUAGAGAUCCACAUGAAAGAAAAACAUCCCGAAACAGAAACAUCGUGCAUCUACUGCAUAGCGGGGCAGCCACAUCCUCGGCUGGCGAGAGGGGAAACAUACACAUGUGGCUACAAACCGUACCGAUGUGAAGUGUGUAACUACUCGACCACCACCAAAGGCAACCUCAGUAUUCACAUGCAGUCUGACAAACAUUUAAACAACAUGCAAGAACUGCAAAACGGAGGAGUUCCUAACGACAUGAGUCAACAUUCUACCACUCCCCCUCAACAUCAUAAACCUGCCGGCAUGUCGAGUCCCGGAGCCCACCAUCACCCACAUCACCAUCACAGUCCACUGACGAGUGGGCAGAGUCAGAAGCCGAAACCUACCUUCAGGUGUGACGUCUGUAACUACGAGACGAACGUAGCCCGCAACCUCCGCAUCCACAUGACGAGCGAGAAACACACGCACAACAUGAUGGUGCUUCAGCAGAACGUGAAACACAUGCAAACGUUGAGUGCAAUCCAGCAGUCACAUCAUCAACAACUCAACUUCGAGUCUCUGAUGCACUUCCACCCGGGACUGACGUUGCCAGGAGACAAGCCUCCUCCCCACACGGAGGCCGCUCUCGCGGACAUGGCUUACAACCAGGCCUUGCUGAUACAGAUGAUGACGGGUGGCCAGCUCCCACCGCACAUUCCACCUGAGCUCGCUCCUCACAUGGACAUGGGGCUGAAUCCCGAGACUAUGGAGCCCCCACCAGAGCCUGCGGACCCCAACCCCGACCACCUGUAUCAGUGCUGCGUGUGCAACGUCUUCUCCACCGACUCUUUAGAGCAACUAUCCCACCACCUGUCUGCGGACAGAACGAAAAUCAGAGAGCAGGAAAUCCUCGCUUUAGUAGCCGGCAACUACGUCUGUAAGCUGUGCACGUACAAGACCAAUCUAAAAGCGAACUUCCAACUGCAUUGCAAGACGGACAAGCAUCUGCAGAGACUGCAACACGUGAACCACGUGAAGGAGGGAGGACCGCGGAACGAGUGGAAGCUGAAGUACGUGUCCUCCCCUGGGGGAGUGCAAGUGCGCUGCCACGCUUGUGACUACUACACCAACUCCGCUCACAAGCUGCAGUUGCACGCGGCAGGGCAGCGGCAUGAGGCGAGCUCCUUGCUGUUCCGCCACCUCAACUCCGCCGAGGGCCCCAGGAUAUACCACUGUGUGUUGUGUGGCUUCUCGUCCAGGUCCAAGCUGCCGCUCCUGCAGCACGUCCGCUCUAUGAAACAUCUCCAGAUGGAGCAGAUCCACCAGCUCCAACGCCGCAGCGAGGGCAAAGAACUGCAGACGGACAUCGGCGAGGUUUUCCAGAUACUGAGUCCUCCGCCGGAGCCUGAACAGGAUCAAGACCGAGCCGAGGCCAGUAUGCGGGAGAGAGCGUCGUCAACACCCAACAUGACAGAGUCCCAGUCUUCCACAGACAAUCCAGAUGACAAAUCCGGCGGGGAAACUCACAUGUGCCCUUACUGCAACUACACCAGCAGUUCCGAGAUGAGGAUCCAAGCUCAUGUCUUGGCGCAGCACUCCCAGAAUGAAAGACCACCCUCAGCAUCGUCACCUCCUAGAGAGAUGCUGUGUCCGCUCUGUCAAGACGCGUUCAAAGACAGACCUGCCCUUGAGAAACACGUGAUGCAGAUCCACAGCGUCAACUCCGAAGGCCUUCAAAGGCUUCUGAUGUUGGUCGACCAAUCCCACUGGCUCAACAGUUCGAGGUCGAGCACUCAACAGACUCCUCCUGGACACCAUCACAGUCCUGCCUCAGUCGCAUCCUCCUCCGGCAGCAAGGACCACGAGAAGCAAAACCAAUCUGAUGGGUCUAGAGAAGACGAUAAAGAGGAAGCCCAGAAUCUCUCUUCGACUGAUGACCAAGUCGAAGAUGAAAACAAAUGUCAGACGUGUCAGAAGAGCUUUCGGAACAUCGAUGAACUGUGUGCACAUCAAAACGAAACGGGGCACCUAGAACUGAAACAGACUCCGAGUGGUCCCGGGUACCUUUGUUGGAAAAAAGGCUGCAACCAGUACUUCCAGACUGCCCACAGUCUUCAGAUGCAUUUCAGAGAGAUCCACGCCAGGGGAGGCAAUACCACACCGGCCGUUGCUGUAUCAGAGAAGCACGUGUACAAGUACAGAUGUAGUCAAUGCAGUUUAGCUUUCAAGACCAUGGAAAAAUUACAGCUUCACUCCCAGUACCAUCUCAUUCGGGACGCUACAAAAUGUGUGCUGUGUGGACGAAGCUUCAGAUCAAUCCUAGCGCUGCAUAAACACGUUGAAACAUCACAUUCCGAGCUAUCUGAAGAAGAACUGAUGGCGUACAAGCAGAGUUUGAUGAACAAUCCUCUUCUCCUGGCCGGCAUCAGUGGGCAAAUACUCGAUCCCUCUACAAACGAGUUGCUGAAGAAAGAAAGUAUGAAAAUGGAUUCUGAUGAUGUAAUGGAUGUCGAUGACAGCCCUAACAAGGAUAAUCCUGACGAAUCUGCUAAUCAAACUGGUGACGGGGAAAACAGUGAUGACUCGAUUGUAUAUAAAGAGCAACAAUUUCUCGAAGAUUACCUGAACAGUCAAGCGGUAGCUGAGGACAACUAUAAUGACCCUAAUAGAAAGUACAAAUGCCACCGUUGUAAAGUAGCGUUCACCAGACAGAGCUAUUUAACAAGUCACAACAAGACAUUAUUGCACAGAAAGGGUGAGAAACUAAGCUACCCGAUGGAGAAAUAUUUAGAUCCGAACCGACCCUACAAAUGCGACGUUUGCAAAGAAUCUUUUACACAAAAGAACAUUCUGCUUGUCCAUUACAACUCUGUUAGCCACCUGCACAAACUAAAAAGGGCAAUGCAAGAACAACAGCAACAAAAUAACAACAACAAUCCUGCAGUAUCGCCACAAACAGCAGCAAGCGUGGCAGCCGCCGCUCUCGCUGCAACACUAGGCGUGUCUCCGAGUCAGCUGACGCCUAAAUCAUCUGCUAUGGACGAAGAUGACAAGAAACCAUACAAGUGCAACAUCUGCAAAGUCGCAUAUAGUCAAGGGUCGACUCUAGACAUCCACAUGAGAUCCGUGCUUCAUCAGACCAGAGCAUCCAAACUGCAAGAUCUUGCUUUGACUGGACAAAUUGAUUUGUCUAAACCACUGAUAGAGCAGCCCGAGCCACAAAAGGCCCAAGAUCAACAUAAAAAGUUGAUUCAAGAUAUUCUGGGAUCGUCUCCAAAGUCCUCACUCCUGUCAUCUCCUCCGACAUCGAGUGCAUCUCAGGUGACAGCUUCCUCUCCUGGGGCCGGUAAUGUUCCUUCGUCUAUUGCCUCAACACCGAAUUUGACAUCAGUUCCUACUAGCAUAGCUAAUAAUACUUCGAAUGCGCCAUCAUCUGUGAUACCGUCCCCGAACCAGCAAGGUGUGGUUUCCUGCCAAAGAUGCAGCGCUCUUUUUACAACUCAAGAACAACUCACGACACAUCAGCAACUAUACUGUAUGUUUGGCAGCCCAAUGACUAUGUUUCCUCCUCUACCCAAUACUCCAUCUUCUGCAUCGAAUACACUACAAUCUUUGUCCUCGCCCUCAACAAAAACUCCACCACCAGGACCAAUGACUCCCCUCUCUGAAGAUAACUUUCCUAGAAUAACCAUACCAUCGAAGAAGUCUUCCCAGAUGUACAAACAUUUGCUCGAAAGCUUCGGAUUCGAUCUCGUUAUGCAGUUCAAUGAAAACCACCAAAGAAGGCAGAGAAAGGAACGAGAAGAAAAUGAGAAACUGAUGGCUGAAAUCUCUUCGACAACUCCCGCUGUAGAGGAGCCUCCACAAAUAUCAACUGUAGAACCUGAACCUGAGGUACCGCCCCCAGAACCGGAAGUAGAAGUCAAAGUGGAGGAAGAACCACCCACUGUAGACCUACCGGAAGUGGCCAAAUCGACGUGCCAGCAUUGCAACAAAGAGUUCUCGAGUGUAUGGGUUCUGAAAGCUCAUUGUGAAGAAGUACAUCGUGAUCUAGUGCCCCUCGACUUUUUAGAGAAAUACGCUCAGCAAUUUAAAUGUGAAUACGAGAAGAAAUCCGUGCCCACUUCGAGUAGUGGCACACCUUCGACAAAUACGACCGUGACAUCUACCACGACAUCGGGUAGUGACGUCACUCCGGAGAAAGACGAGGAUAAUAAGGAAGCGCUUCACGCAAAGAUCGGACUGAACCAAUCCCAAGGCACCCCGCCGGAUCGUGAAAUGACGACUGCCCCUAGUACACCUACAGCAUCGUCAACCCCUGCCUCGUCUACAGACUCUCUGCCUGCCACGAUAGCCGCGGUGGCCGCUGGUAUGGGAGGUACAAACCCCAACAACCCCGCCAACCUGUCCAUGUCUCUGGCGCAGCAGAUGAACGAGAUGCAAGCAGCCCUCAACGUGAUGGCCGCCUCACAACUUCAGCAGCAGCUGCAGCAGUUCAACCCCAUGAUGAUGGGCAUGGCUGGUCUGGGCAUGGGUCUGCCCCUGGGCCUCAACAUGCCCGCCCUCGCUGCCAUGAACCUGCAGCCCCCGCUGGUGCCCAUGAUGAUGCCCCCGCCGCCCUUUGACCCCAUGGUUGGCUUCAACGCCCAAGGUGCUGGAAUCGACACGGCCACUCUGCUCGCCAAGCAACAGCAACACCUUAUGCAGCAACAGCAGCAAGCCGUGAAUGCAUCUCAGCAGAAACGCGCUCGCACUCGCAUUACCGACGACCAACUCAAGAUACUGCGCGCUCACUUCGACAUAAACAACUCACCGUCAGAAGAGCAAAUUCAUGAGAUGGCUGGACAGAGUGGUCUGCCACCUAAAGUCAUAAAACACUGGUUUAGAAACACUCUGUUUAAAGAGCGCCAGAGGAAUAAAGAUUCUCCUUACAAUUUCAAUAACCCGCCUUCAACGACUCUAAACCUUGAAGAAUACGAGAAGACGGGGGAAGCUAAAGUGAUGCCGCUGAACAAUAGUGGAAGUAGUACCAGCACGGAGGAGCCCGCCACUCCUGCAAAGGAGCCUCCAAAAACACCUCCGGCAGUAAAACCUACUCCACCGCCCCCACCUCCACCCCCAGCUCCACAGCAACCGUCGGCAUCACCGAUGCAACCCCCUCAUAAAAGCGGGCAGCAACAAUCUCACCUACAACAACAGAAACAACAAUCCUCCCCCAUGCAGACGCAGAGUCCAUUUCAUCAGCAACAAUUCCCUCAUCCCCCUGAAUCAAUCAAGAAAGAACCUCGAGAUAUCCCGUCCCAGCAUCAACUGGACGAACAAAGAUUCAACAGCAUGUUGAUGGAGGCCGAACAGAAAAUGAAGCGGGAAAUGGUCGAUGAAAAGCCUAAUAUCUACCAAGGGCAAGUAAUGUCACCGACGAGUCCUCAUACGAAUGACAGAAUGAAUGUUAUUCCAGCAAGAAACAAUUCCCCUGAAAACCUGACUUUGACCUCCAUCAUAUCAUCUCAACUCGGACCAGAGUCAAUGUCUAUGAAUAAUCAGCACCAACAGAUACCAUCCUCUCAUUCCAACAUGCUGCCUCCUAAGUUGACUCCACCAAACUUCACCUCGCCAAACCACAUGUCCUCUGGCAUUCCCAUGACGCCUACCUCUAGAAGCUUGAGUCCGGGAAGAUCCAACUCUCUUGACUGUUUCAGUCAAGCAAUGCUAGGACCUGGAGGGCAAAAUUCUGCCAAUUCAUCAAGUGGUAAGCGAGCAAACAGAACCAGAUUUACCGAUUACCAAAUCAAAGUCUUGCAAGAGUUCUUUGAGAAUAAUGCUUACCCAAAAGAUGACGAUUUGGAGUACUUGUCAAAACUGUUGAGUCUCAGUCCUAGAGUGAUCGUAGUUUGGUUCCAAAACGCAAGACAGAAAGCCAGGAAGGUAUAUGAGAACCAACCUCCAGUUGAUCCGGGUCCAGGAAUGGAUGAUAAUGGAGCUGGAAGAUUCCAAAGAACCCCCGGCCUCAAUUACCAGUGCAAGAAGUGUUUGCUUGUGUUUCAGCGGUAUUAUGAGCUUAUUAGACAUCAGAAAACACAUUGUUUUAAAGAAGAAGAUGCAAAGAGAUCAGCACAAGCACAGGCCGCAGCAGCACAGAUUGCAGCUGUCCUGUCAUCUGAAGAUUCUAAUUCAAGCACCAUAAUUGAACAAAAUCAACAUAACCAGCUCGCUAAUCUAGUUGGCAUGAAUACAUCGAGCAAUCCAUCUACUCCAGCUGCACCUAUCACCCCUACACCUUCUCAAUCGAUGUACCCCCCUUCCCCGGCAGCCUCUGGUACUCAAACCCCUGACACCAAAGAUAACUCCUUCCAAUGUGAUAACUGCAACUUAGUGUUUCCAAGAUUUGAUCUCUGGAGAGAACAUCAGCUAGUUCAUAUAAUGAAUCCGAAUUUAUUCCCAUCAUAUCCUCCUGAUAGUCCGUUUGGCAUUCUCCAACAACAUGCUCAGAUGCAACAACAGCAGCAGCAGCAGCAGCAACAACAACAACAAAAUCAGCAGCAGCAACAAAGUCAACAACAACAGCAACAGAUACAUUUAAACAACAUUGUUGCAGAUCUCUCAAUAAACCCUAACGCUCCAAACCAACAUCCGUUGAUCUCUAUGCUGGCAUCUAACAAAAGAAAAUUCGAUGAAUUUGAGGAUGUCAACGACAGACCACAGCACCAAACAAGUGAAAACGAGCAACCUAAAGACAAGCGGUUGAGAACGACAAUUUUACCAGAACAAUUGGAUUAUCUUUACCAGAAAUAUCAGAUAGAAAGCAACCCAUCUCGAAAAAUGUUAGAAAACAUCGCAAGAGAAGUUGGAUUGAAAAAGCGUGUCGUACAAGUUUGGUUUCAAAACACAAGAGCUAGAGAACGCAAAGGCCAAUUUCGAGCUCAUUCACAAGUCAUCAAUAAACGCUGUCCAUUUUGCCCUGCGUUAUUUAAAGUGAAAUCUGCUCUAGAAAGCCAUCUAACAACAAAGCAUGCUGAUCAAUGCAGCCGUGGGGAAAUCAAUAUCGACGCUUUGCCUGACGAAGAACUUAGUGUUGAGUCGUCGCAUUCCUUUUCCUCAUCGCAGAUCGGUGACUCAUCCAACAAAAUGUCACAGAGUUUUGGAGGAAGUCAAUCAAACCAGUCAAUGAUACCACCGAUGUUUCCUCCAUUCCAUGGCAACAUGGAAGAUUCUUUAAAGAAAUACUACGAAGAAUCCAUGAAGAGGUAUAUAAGCGAGCUUCAAGCUCAACACGUCACGCAAAACGGCGCUGUGACCAAAGAAGGUUUCCCCUCAGAUCUCAGAAUAAAGAGUGAGGGAAACGGACGAGCCGGAGAGAGUACAGGAGACUGCCCUUUAGACCUGAGCAAGCCAGUGGACUUGAGCAGGCCUAUGAAAAUGAACUUGGACCAGGAUUUGCGAGCUAUGAUGGGAGAUCCUGGCCCACUUACUGAUCUAAGUGAAAGGAGUUUCUGUGAUGACGACAGCAUGUCAGAAUGUACCGACAACAUGGAAGGCGAGGAGGGCAGUAACCCUACCUCUCCGGCGUCCAGUACCCAAAGCCGAACACCGGGACAACCCGGGUCAAAAAGAUACCGAACCCAAAUGAGCAGUUUACAAGUUAAAUGUAUGAAAGCCCUAUUCAACGACUACAAAACACCUACUAUGGCCGAGUGUGAAAUGCUCGGUAGAGAAAUCGGACUCCCCAAAAGAGUAAUCCAAGUGUGGUUCCAAAACGCCCGUGCCAAGGAGAAGAAAAACAAACUCGCGUUGCAAAAAGUUCUCGGCACCAACGAACCCGACAUCCAAAGGGUGCCUGAGGAGUGUAAGCUCUGUCAGUUCAAGUACUCCCACAAGUAUUCCGUGCAAGACCACAUCUUCACCAAGAAGCACAUCGACAUAGUGAAGGCCUACCUGGAGAGUAGGAUGUCCAAGAGCGAGUUGUCGGGUAAUGCGAGUGACGGCGAGUUCACCGUCCCUCCAGUGCCUGGGUCCGAGGUAAACCACAACAACAACAACACCAGCGCCUCCCAACAACAGCAGAUGGCGCAACUCCAGAUGCUACAGAUGGCUGGUCUAUCUGCGAUGACUCCCAACAAGAUCGACUCCAAGGACCAACCCCAGCCCAGUGCCGAGGACAUGGCUCUUCUCCACCAACUCUACGGCCUGGGGCUCGGCUUCCCUCAAGGCUUCGUGCAAUCAGCCAUGCUCUCUGCGACCGGUCUAUAGCCCCCAGAACUCCGUCUGCCGCAAGCUAGUGAUAAAUGAAACUUUAGUUUAGGUUUAGUCCGUAAAAUCAAUGUUCCUCGCUAUUUGUGCAUAUGUUAUAUAAUAUUAUAUUUUAUUUAAUAACUUUAUUAUUAUUUGUGACUAUUUGUUUUGUUUUAUACAAUGUAGAUUUAUCUGUCAUCGAUUCUAGCUUAAGGCUGUUGAGUAUUUAAUUUUUCCGCUUGUACAUAGUUGUAAUAAAGUUAAAUUUUAUAAGCUAGUUAAUUGUUUUAUUGUUAAAUAAAAGAACAAUUUAACCAUUGAUACGUUAUAUAUCAAUAAAUGUGAUG